AUGGGGCUGUUUGCAGCUGCUUUGAUCCAUUUUUCGUUUUCGUUUUUCUCUCCGUCUCUUUUUCCUUUUUUUUUUUUUGUUUUUCUUUUCAUUGGGGCAUUGUCAGUGGUUUUGAUCGAAAAGGUUGUCUGCGCUGUUAUGUCCAAGAGCAGGCCACGCAAGCAUCGCUGUGUCGCCCAGAUGGAAGAUGGCCUGACGGCAUCCCAGAGGCUGCAACAGUGGGGCGCCGCAGCGGAACUGCUGUACGCACCGAACAGCCCGAUUAAUCAGCCCCCGUCGCCCAAGGAGCCGCACACCUUUCUCGUGGCCCGCCGCAUCGCCACUGUGAUGGCGCGCCUGAACGAUCUUUGCCAAAAGGAAUCGGAAGUUCUUCUGACACCGCGGGAUGCUCUGCUUGAGCUGGCGGACAUUGUUCGCUUUGCUCUUGUGUCAUUUCACAAGGAAGUGGUCACAGGACAGUUGGACCGGGCGCAGGUAGCCUCCGUACUAGCGGAGUACGUUGCUCAUCGAACGGCGCCCCAGGCGGGUAUGGUGGAGGGACUUCAUGUAAUUGCGUGGGUGAGUAUAAAACUCCGUGUGGAGCUGUUUCUUGAACAGUUACGCAGGCGUCUUAAUAUGGAAUUGGAAAGCAGCCACAACAACCAGCGGACCGCCCAGCAAGUGGGCGCGUUGCGCACUACCCUUACGCUUCUGAAUGACUUUGAAUCGUUUUACGAUAAUAUCCUUGUCACGUUUCCAUGCGUUCAGCUCAUGGACACCACUCCGGAUGCGGCUGAACAGAUGAUGCCCAUUCUUUCCCGUCAAUACUACCAACUUGCCGACUGGGUAGUGCUGGUGGAGGUGAGUACCACGCAACCCCCCAUCACGGAGACGUGGGUUCAGUCCGUUGACCGUGAGGCAUCAACGGUGGUUCUGCGCCGCACGGACAUCGCAUCCCCAUGGGGGCUUAUCUUUAAUCAAUGCGGACAAAUAGUGGACAUUGACACCUCGCUUCGUAGCGUUUCUGAGGAAGGGGAAGAGUUGCAUCGACUCCUUUGCUGCACUACAGAAGGGGCCAAAAUAGUCGCCGUGAACUCGACGACAAUUCCAGAUAUCUCGUCUGUUGGUGCGGAAGAAGUUUUGGAGAUUUUUAAGAAUGCCACCAAGUCGAAUAAGCGUAUCGCUAUUCAAUUGGCCAACGGUGCACUCAAACAGCCUUCUGUGCAGCAGUUGGCCUUUCUUUUGCCCAACCAAGGAGGUGAGGGCUCAUCCGGGCAACGUGCAACGCUUGUCUUGCACCGCCCCGAUCGAAGCAUGCCGUGGGGGUGUGAGCUAACGGAAGAAUUAAUUGUAAGCGGUUUACCCAAGCGAUGCACAUCGGUAAGGGCAAGGAAUUUCCUCGCAGACUACCGCGGACGUGUCGCUCUGAUGGCGGUCAAUGGGGUUGAGGUUACAACAGUCGCGCAGGCCGAGGCAUUGUGUGCCCACACAGAGACGAUUGUAAUGAAUUUUGUAGUUGUGGCCCCUUCCAUGGCGGAACGGAGCAAAGGGUCCCUAUCGGAGAAGGUGUCCUUGGCGCUCACUCAGGAUCAGAUUGAAAAGGUGAGGGAAAAACCACUUUUGGGUGAGAAGAGUGCCAAGCAAUCUGGGGAAAGGAAAAAGAAGACAAAGAGCCAGCAACAAAGAAAACAGCACGAAAACGCCGAGGACCUGGAUGCGAAGGCCGAUGAUGUGUACACUGCAGAUGCGAAUGAAGCAGAGGAAUUGACGGCAGAGCCAGAGAAGCAUGCGGAAGAAGAUGAUGUGAAGGAGACGUACCCAAUGGUCGCCGACGAUGAAGCCACACCGGACGACACAUCAGGUAUGGGGGGAAAGCUGCGGGAGGGCUCAAAGGAGACGGAGAGGCUGCCGGCAGCAGGCGAAACUCCUGAGCCUCUCGUGUUGCCCAACAAUGUCACGAUAGAGCUAUUGACACCAGAGGAAAUGGUGAUACGCCGCGACUCCAAUGAAGUAAAGUGGGGAUUGUCGCUUGAGAGUAGUGGUGAGGGAGCGGAACGGAUAAUGCGUAUAAGGGCGUUGCCUGAUUUGCCAUCGAAGCGCGACGCCAGGCGCAAGCAUCCGUUCUACAAGAAUUUCAUGAAGCCGCCGGUGAAGACGGAGUGGCGCGUUCAAAGUGUUAACGGUGUUCCCAGUUUGAGGGCGGCCGAGAUUUUUGACAUCAUGCGGCGCGCCCUCAGGAUGCGCAUCCAGUUCUUCAAGGGACGAUAG